AUGGUCGAACAAAAGACAGAGAUGACCUACUGCUCGGCGACAACGAAGACUCAGCUCAAAUAUCGAUACCAGUCUUGCAUCGGUACUAUCUACGAAUGGCGUCAUCCAAGGGAGAGUAAGAGAGAGGCAAAGACCCAGGGUCAAACGGAGCUGACUUACGAUAAGCAGCGUAAAGACGGAGCGUACACGAUUUUCCAACUAGGAAAAGUCUGCAAGCACAAGAAGCUCAAUGCAUAUCCAUUAGUCUGCCACUCACCAAUGCCAAAGAACUUCAAAAACUGGACAUCAGAGCCUCGAUAUGACGAGGUCCACAAGAAGCAUAUGGGAGACGGGCAGAACCACACAAUGAUGGGCAAGCCGUGCAUCGAAUGGGAUCCGUUUUGGUACGACAAGCAUUGGGAUCGCGAGUUCUGGGAUGUUGACGCGCAUCCAAAGAUGAACUUCAGCUGGGCGAUGCGGCUCAAGGACAUGGGCAUCUUCUACAAGAAAAGCCACAACUACUGCUCCAACUUCGACAAUGAUAUUGGCACUUGGUGCUUCAUCGAAGGCGGCGGCUGGGACUACUGCUGCGACAGGACCGAUCUCGAAGUCGACCACAUCGAUACGCCGAUUUGGAAGCUCUACGGUCUCAGAGGAACAUACGAGAAUCUCACAGAACUCAGACCGGAGCCUUAUCUGUAA